CAAACCCUGUCAUCCCAGGGCGUCUUAAUAAACGUCCGUCUUUGUUUCUUCUUCAGUUUUCUUCUCCUUUUCGCGUUCUUCUCUCCUACGGUUCUUCCAUUCCUUCGACAGAUCAUUCUCCCAAGCGACAAUGAGAGAGUGCAUUUCGAUCCACAUUGGUCAGGCCGGUAUCCAGGUCGGCAAUGCAUGCUGGGAACUUUACUGCCUCGAGCAUGGCAUCCAGCCUGAUGGCCAAAUGCCAAGUGACAAAACUGUUGGUGGGGGAGACGAUGCCUUCAACACUUUUUUCAGCGAAACUGGUGCUGGAAAGCAUGUGCCCCGUGCUGUCUUUGUAGAUCUAGAGCCCACUGUUAUUGACGAAGUGAGGACUGGAACGUACCGCCAGCUCUUCCACCCAGAACAGCUCAUCAGUGGCAAGGAAGAUGCUGCAAACAACUUCGCCCGUGGCCACUAUACCAUUGGGAAAGAGAUUGUUGACCUUUGCUUGGACCGCAUCCGGAAGCUUGCGGACAACUGCACCGGCCUCCAAGGUUUCCUGGUUUUCAAUGCUGUUGGUGGUGGCACUGGAUCUGGUCUUGGUUCCCUUCUCUUGGAGCGUCUUUCUGUUGAUUAUGGAAAGAAAUCAAAGCUUGGCUUCACUGUUUACCCUUCUCCCCAGGUCUCAACCUCAGUUGUUGAGCCCUACAACAGUGUCCUCUCGACCCAUUCCCUUCUCGAGCACACUGAUGUUGCCGUUCUCUUGGACAAUGAGGCUAUCUAUGAUAUUUGCAGGCGCUCCCUCGACAUUGAACGACCAACAUACACCAACCUCAACCGCUUGGUUUCUCAGGUCAUCUCAUCGUUGACUGCAUCUCUGAGGUUCGAUGGUGCCCUCAAUGUCGAUGUGACGGAGUUUCAGACUAAUUUGGUUCCCUACCCCAGGAUCCACUUCAUGCUCUCGUCUUAUGCACCUGUGAUCUCGGCUGAGAAGGCUUACCACGAGCAGCUCUCAGUAGCGGAGAUCACAAACAGUGCUUUUGAGCCGUCGUCUAUGAUGGCCAAGUGUGAUCCUCGCCACGGGAAAUACAUGGCUUGCUGCCUGAUGUACCGUGGUGAUGUUGUGCCCAAGGAUGUCAAUGCUGCUGUGGCGACCAUCAAAACUAAGCGUACGAUUCAGUUUGUUGAUUGGUGCCCUACUGGAUUCAAGUGUGGAAUCAACUACCAGCCACCGACUGUUGUUCCAGGAGGUGACCUGGCUAAGGUUCAGAGGGCUGUUUGCAUGAUCUCCAACUCAACCAGUGUUGCAGAGGUGUUCUCCCGGAUUGACCACAAGUUCGAUCUUAUGUAUGCCAAGCGUGCCUUUGUGCAUUGGUAUGUCGGUGAGGGAAUGGAAGAGGGAGAAUUCUCUGAAGCUCGUGAAGAUCUUGCUGCCCUGGAGAAGGAUUACGAGGAGGUUGGUGCCGAGUCUGCCGAGGGAGAAGAUGGUGAUGAGGGAGAUGAGUAUUGAGUUGUGUCUGUCUGGUGUGCUUACCAUGGCUGUUUCGUUUCCUUGUUUUCAUUUUGUCAUUGUGGUGUGCUUUCCGUUUCAAACCGGAUUGUGUUCUUUGUGCUUAAUAUUUUGAAUGGAUCAUCGU